AAGACAAAAAGAAGGCAAACGAAACAACUUGUGGAAAAACAGCGAAGAGACAGGAUCAAGAAAAGCUUAGAAGAACUGGCCUCGCUUAUUCCAGAGGCUAGAAAACAGGUAACCGAUUUUGAAAAUUUUUAUGAGCAGUUUGGCUAGAACUGACUUUACUGGAGCGCGGUUACCGCUAAUAUCAUACUUUGAUCACGGGUCUUUCCACGCUGAUGCAACGAAAACUGGAUUUUUUAUAAACGUGGCAGUUUUCUAAAGUAAAGAUUAAUUAACAACUUUAAGAUCAAUUCCCAUGAAAAAAGAAAUCGACUUUGCACAUAUAUGCAGCCGGAAAUGGUUUGUUUAUGAAUGAGUAAUUCUCUCGCAGACCCAGUCGCGUUAAUUUCCAUAAGGAAGUCAGAAUGUCGGUUGCCGUUAACAAAAGGGGAUUUGUUGCUACCAGCUUUCCUUUCUUCAAAGGAGAGUUUCUUAGCAAGGAAAUAGGUUCCUUACCCAGUAUACCAUUUACGAUACAAAUUCGUAGAUUUACAGAUUCAUCAUGAAGCCAAAUAAAUCCUCUGACCCCCCCCCCCACCCCUGCCACAUUCAAAGAGAAACGCCUAGGGGGCGAGGUUGACCCUAUUCUCAUCUCAGAACCCCUCUGUUAUGUGAGCUGACGGGGCGUUCGCUUAACAAAUCAAGAGGCUAUUCGAUUUCUUGCGCUAAGGCUUUGCUUGCCAAAAGAAGCGAAGAUGUUUAGGAAUUAUAAUGGAUAGAAAAGUGAACUCCCGAGGAACUGGGUGCUAGUUACCAUUGCUAUUCAAUUUAUCAACAGCUACAACUUGGCCACCGAUUAAGGCAAACAAAGAUUCUUCAGCUAGUUGUGGAUCACAUCCGAUCCAGUCAACAAGGUAACUAAAGCUCAGAGAGAAUAAAAACUGCAUAAGCUUUCUUUUAUAUACCAAAUGGUAAAACAUUGAAACAAAGACAAAUUUAUUUUUCUCCACAGAACGCGAGAAUUUUAAACUUUAUGAUACCACUUCGUAUCAAACUUGUUGCUUGUGUUCCUUUUGCGAGAAACGGCUCUUUGUCCACGAAACUGAUACAUUUUCAUGCACUGAUGAUCUCAACGUGAAGUUAUCACGAGCGCCCGUAGAAGCAUCGGUCAGGGGAAGGGAAACGUCAUUCCCUCCCAAGACCUGUCCUUUCAAAGUCAAUAACGUUUCUGCCGAAACUAGUUAUGACAAAAGAAAACCUGAGGAACGACUUGAGGAGAAGAAAGACGGCGUUGCCGUGGAAACCACGUGUAAGGGACCCUUAAAUGCCCUCAAAUCUUUGUGUUCUUCAAUUUCUCCACAUUUCCCGCCCCACACCAUCGGAAUAUCAAGUGGCCUUCACUCCAAAAACUCCACCUGGUUUGUUUCGGAUUCCAUGUUACAUCAGCCGACAUCUUUCGGGUUGGUCCCUCAAGUACCUCCACCUACCACUGAUCGACAGACACUUGCUGCUCCAGAGAAUCAAAAUCUAUGGAGACCCUGGAUUUGUGGACAUGACUGCAAGAAUGACUAG